CUGGAUCAUCUCCAAUAAACUGGAUGAGUGUGCACUGUUCACUUAACGUCCAAGACCAGAACUGGCCAAAAACAUAACCAGGAACUCCAGAUCAAGGAUGAAGCCAGAAGGUGAACAAGGACGGCCCCCGUUGAUCUCCGUUAAGGGAGUUCCCAUGAUCAAGACCUUCGCCGAUAUUAUGGGCGAGGUUGAGGUUUUCCAAGCGCAUCCUGGUGACUUGCUGAUCUCGACAUAUCCCAAAUCUGGAACCACCUGGAUCAGCGAAGUCAUUGACCUGAUCUAUAAAGAAGGCAACACGGAAAAAUGCAGACAAGAACCCAUCUAUAUGCGUGUUCCUUUCUUGGAGUUUUCUGUUCUCUCUUUUGGAUCCUGGUAUGACCAUGUCAAAGGCUGGUGGGACAAGAGAAAAGAACAAAGGAUGCUCUACCUCUUCUAUGAAGACUUGAAAGAGGAUCCGCGGCGGGAAAUCCGGAAAGUCAUGGAAUUCCUGGAGAGGUCCCCUAAUGACCAGCUGGUGGAGAAGAUUGCUCACAAGACCUCCUUCAAAGAGAUGCGUCAGAACCCAAUGGCCAACUACACCAGCAUUCCCAGCUCAGUUAUGGACCACAGUAUCUCGCCUUUCAUGAGGAAGGGAAUCACUGGUGACUGGAAAAACCAUUUCACGGUGGCACAAAAUGAGCGCUUUGAUGAAGAUUAUAAGAGGCAAAUGGAAGAAUCGACCCUCCAUUUCCGCUCGGAGAUCUGAUGGUGCCUGCUCCCCUUUCAUGGUUGUGGCCUCUUUUCAGUGGCAAAUUUACAAAAACUAAAUUUUAAAUAAGUGAUUCCUUUUAUUGGCAGCAAGAUCAAUGGCAGGUUCAGAUUCUUAGAAGUUGGUUCACCAAUGUGGGCUUCUCUUUGAUGAAUACAUCUUCAUGUCAAAUACUGAAGAUCUCUAGUAAGUAAGCCAUAGUCCCUGGGGCUUCUUUCCCACAUGGGUUUCAACACUCGCAAGGCAUUUCGAACUCUAGGUGUCCACGCUUUCUUGCUAUUUCUUUCAGUGUGCACACAUUAGCUCCGUCCCUACUUCCUACACAGGUCCUCUACUGAUAGCAAGAUAUUUCUCAAUGAUAUCUCUACCUCUCUCACCUGAGCACAGUUUUCCAGCUGUCCUGAAUGAUUCCCUCUCCCUUAUCCUUUGAUGCCAAAUGCACACACACCUCCCUGAGCAUCAUGGGCAAUCUCAAUGGUUUUCGUCAGUUUUCCCUCCCACCUUUCUCCUUGCUUUCCCCACUGUCUGUUUUACACUGUAAGGUGCUUGGAGGCAAUACUUAUCUACAUUGCCUUUUGUAAUUCUAGAAGAUGUGAUAUCUGGACAGGUAACAAAUAAGAUAAAAUCGAUAUGCCUUCUGGAUCUGUCCAGGCUGUACUCAGAGUGAAAGGAGUACAUUGUGCUCUGGGACUCUGAAUCCAUUCAACAUUCUUCUCUGGAUUCUAUGUCACUUUUCAUCAUUCUGUGUCAAGAAAAAAAUGUGAAUUGUUUUUCAAUGUGUGGUUCAUAGAAUUAUAGAAUCAUGAAGUUGAAAGAGGCCAGUGAAGUCCAGCCCCUUGCUCAGAGCAGGUAUAACUUUUGAACUUUCGGCUGCCUCCUCUUGCCAACAAAUGUAGGAAAGAGUUCAAUAUCAGUUAGUUAUUAAAUUUCUGAAUCAGA